AUGGUCCAUAAGGAGAAUAAAGACAGGUGAGGAACCAUCUGAUCUGCAGCACACACAUCUACUGGGUGUGCAGGGUUUUGUUCCAUCCCAGCACUAACACAUCUGUUUGAGUUAAUCAAGGUCUUGAUUAUUACAGUAGGUGUUAUUAAGUCAGGAUCAGGAUGUGAUAAAAAAUAGAAUCAAAAUCAAAUCAACGUUUAUUGGUCGUGUACACAGUUUAGCAGAUGUUAUAUGAUGCAGCGAAAUGCUUGUGUUACUAGCUCCUAACAGUGCAUUAUAAUGUCAAACAAGUACCCAAAUAAUAAAUAAUCAAAAACUAGAAACAAGAAAUCAAGAAUGUCAGAACGAAUCAACAACCUAAAUAACACUGUAUCAGUAAUCCAAAUGCAAUCUAUGUGUAAAUACACCAAAAAUAUAUGUUAAGAAUGAUAUGUACAGCAGUAGUUAUAUUACACUGAGAUAUGUCAAGAAUCCAGUAUAUAAAUAAAUGGUGUGUAUAAACAGUGUAACUAAAAUGUAAUGUACAGUAGUAGAUAUAUUAGAAUGAGCUAUGUGAGAAUACAGCACAGUGCCUUCAGAAGGUAUUCACACCCCAUAACCUUUUCAACAUUUUGUUGUGUUACAGCCUGAAUUUAAAAUAGAUUCAAUUUAGAUUUUUUUGUUCACUGGCCUACAGUGGUGGAAAAAGUACUCAAUUUUCAUACCUGAGUAAAAGUAAAGAUACCUUAAUAGAAAAUAACUAAAGUAAAAGUGAAAGUCACCCAAUAAAAUACUACUUGAGUAAAAGUCAAUAAGUAUUUGGUUUUAAAUAUACUUAAGUAUCAAAAGUAAAUGGAAUUGCUAAAAUGUCUUAAGUAUCAAAAGUAAAAGUAUAAAUCAUUUCAAAUUCCUUAUAUUAAGCAAGCUAUUGACGGAUAGCCAGGGGCACACUCCAACACUCAGACAUAAUUUACAAACGAAGCCUUUGUGUUUAAUUAGUCUGCCAGAUCAGAGGCAGUAGGGAUGACCAGGGAUGUUCUCUUGAUAAGUGUGUGAAUUGGACCAUUUUCCUUUCAAAAUGUAACGAGUACUUUUAGGUGUCAGGGAAAAUGUAUGGAGUAAAAAGUACAUUAUUUUCUUUAGGAAUGUAGUGAAGUAAAAGUAAAAGUUGGAAAAAAUAUAAAUAGUAAAGUAAAGUACAGAUACCUCAAAAAACGACUUAAGUAGUACUUUAAAGUAUUUUUACUUAAGUACUUUAGACCACUGCUGGCCUACACACAAUACCCCAUAAUGUCAAAGUGGAAUUAUGUUUUUAGACAUUUUUACAAAUUCAUACAAAAUUUAAAGCUGAAAUGUCUUGAGUCAAUAAGUAUUCAACCAUUUUGUUAUGGCAAGCCUAAAUAAGUUCAGGAGUAAAAAUGUGCUUAACAAGUCACAUAAUAAGUUGUAUGGACUCACUCUGUGUGCAAUACUAGUGUUUAAUUAAGCCCGAGGGGUUGUAGUAUAUGGCCAAUAUACCACGGCUAAGGGCUGUUCUUAUGCACGACGCAACGCGGACUGCAUGGAUACAGCCCUUAGCCGUGGUAUAUUGGCAAUAUAACACAAACACCUGAGGUGCCUUAUUGCUAGUAUAAACUGGUUACCAACGUAAUUAGAGCAGUAAAAAUACAUGUUUAGUCAUACUUGUGGUAUACGGUCUGAUAUACCAUGGCUUUCAGCCAAUCAGCAUUCAGGGCUCGAACCAACCAGUUUAUAAUAUGAUUUUUUAAUGACUACCUCAUCUCUGUACCCCACACAUACAAUUGUCUGUAAGGUCCCUCAGUCGAGCAGUGAAUUUCAAACACAGAUUCACAAAGACCAGGGAGGUUUUCUAUUGGUAGAUGGGUAACAAAACAAAAAAGAAGACAUUGAAUAUCCCUUUGAGCAAGGUGAAGUUAUUAAUUACACUUUGGUGUAUCAAUACACUACAAAGAUACAGGCGUCCUUCCUAACUCAGUUGCCGGAGAGGAAGGAAACCGCUCAGGGAUUUCACCAUGAGGCCAAAGGUGACUUUAAAACAGUUACAAAGUUUAAUGGCUGUGAUAGAAAACUGAGGAUGGAUCAACAGCAUUGUCGUUACUCAACAAUACUAACCUAAUUGACAGAGUGAAAAGAAGGAAGCCUGUGCAGAAUAAAAAUAUUCCAAAACAUGCAUCCUGUUUGCAAUAAGGCACUUAAGUAAUACUGCAAACAAUUUGGCAAAGCAAUUCACUUUUUGUACUGAGUACAAAGCGUUAUGUUUGGGGCAAAUCCAAUACAACACAUUACUGAGUACCACUCUCCAUAUUUUCAAGAACAGUGGUGGCUGCAUCAUGUUAUGGGUAUGCUUGUAAUCGUUAAGGACUAGGGAGUUUUUCAGGAUAAAAAAGAAACGGAAUGGAGCUAAGCACAGGCAAAAUCCUAGAGGAAAACAUGGUUCAGUUUGCUUUCCACCAGACACUGGGAGAUGAAUUCACCUUUUAGCAGGACAAUAACCUAAACACAAGUCAUAACACUGGAGUUGCUUACCAAGAAGACAGUGAAUGAUCCUGAGUGGCUGAGUAACAGUUUUGACUUAAAUCUACAUGAACAUCUAUGGCAAGACCUGAAAGUGGUUGUCUAGCAAUGAUCAACAACCAAUUUGACAGAGCUUGAAGGAUGUUUUAAAUAAUAAUGGUCAAAUGUUGCACAAUGCAGGUUUUGGAAAGCUCUUAGAGACUUAUCCAGAAAGACACAGCUGUAAUCGCUGCCAAAGCUGCUUCUACAAAGUAUUGACUCAGAGGUGUGAAAACGUAUGUACAUUUCUGUAUUUCAUUUUCACUAAAUUUGCAAAAUUUUCUAAAAACAGGUUUUCACUUUGUCAUUAUGGGGUAUUGUAUGUAGAUGGGUGAGAUAAAAAAAAAAGGUAAUCCGUUUUGAAUUCAGGCUGUAACACAACACAAUGUGGAAUAAGUCAAGGGGUAUGAAUACUGUAUACGAGGCACUGUACACGAAAACACAGUGUGAAAAAUAGUAUAAAAGGAACAGGAAGUGUCCAGUGUUUAAUGUCUUUAUGUACACAGAAUGUACAAAACAUUAUGAACUCCUGCUCUUUCCAUGACAUAGACUGACCAGGUGAAUCCAGUUGAAAGCUAUGAUCCCUUAUUGAUGUCACUUGUUAAAUCCACUUCAAUCAGUGUAGAUUAAAGAAGGAUUUUUAAGCCUUGAGACAAUAAAGACAUGGAUUGUGUAUGUGUGCCAUUCAGAGGUGAAUGGGCAGGACAAAAUAUUUAAGUAUGGUUGUAGGUGCCAGGCACACCGGUUUGUGUCAAGAACUGCAACGCUACUGGGUUUUUCACGCUCAACACUUUCCCUUUCCCGGUUUGUAUCAAGAAUGGUCCACCACCCAAAGGACAUUUAGCCAACUUGGCACAACUGUGGGAAGCAUUGGAGUCAACAUGGGCCAGCAUCCCCGUGGAACGCUUUCGACACCAAUGUAGAGUCCAUGCCCCAACGAAUUGAGGCUGUUUUGAGGGCAAAGAGGGGUUGUGCUUUGUAGUCUCUGUGUACAUGGGACAGCAGCAUUGGCUGUGUGUGUGUGUGAGAGUGUGUGUGCGUGUUUGUGAGUAUGGGCGUAUACGUGUGUCAUAUACACUCACGUGUGUGAGUAUAUAUGUGAGUAAAGGAGUAGGCUUAUUCUAUAAUAAAGGUGUCAUACAUGGUUUUGAAAGUUUUACUAUGAGAAAAGGUUAAGAAAAGUGUUACUUGUGUUCUCUGCAGCAGAUUGGAGGCGGCGGUGGUGGAUAACAGUGAUGGCUCCUAUUCCGUCUACUACACCCCCGUGGAGCCAGGGUUCUACUCUGUGUGGGUGUGUGUCAAGGCCCAACACAUUAAGGUACUGUACCAACCCCGGGUCAGGGGUCAGCAUGCCCCUGUAUUUCCAUUUUCUAUUCAAUUAUUCCUACUGUCAUUUCUGUCAUUAAUUUCCGUUCACUUCUUUUCUCCUCUAGGGUUCCCCUUUUGUCCUAAACGUGAAGAGAAAGGUCCGGCGGCACGUUCCACUGCUGUUCUUUCUGUUCCAGUGGGGGUUCUAAGGAGGCGCGCUGUGGCUGCACCGGUACCAUGCAAGGUAGGUACAGCAGACUACAGAGUACUUGGCUAGGAAUGUUUGAAAUGGGAAAUAUAAUAUAUACAAUUAUCUGUGGAACUCGGCGAGGCCACAUCUAAACUCAGCAAAAAAAGAAACGUCCCUUUUUCAGGACCCUGUCUUUCAAAGAUAAUUAGUAAAAAUCCAAACAACUUCACAGAUCUUAAUUGUAAAGGGUUUAAACACUGUUUCCCAUGCUUGUUCAAUGAACCAUAAACAAUUAAUGAACAUGCACCUGUGGAACGGUCAUUAAGACACUAACAGCUUACAGACGGUAGGCAAUUAAGGUCACAGUUAUGAAAACGUAGGACACUAAAGAGGCCUUUCUACUGACUCUGAAAAACACCAAAAGAAAGAUGCCCAGGGUCCCUGCUCAUCUGCAUGAACGUGCCUUAGGCAUGCUGCAAGGAGGCAUGAGGACUGCAGAUGUGGCCAGGGCAAUAAAUUGCAAUGUCCGUACUGUGAGACGCCUAAGACAACGCUACAGGGAGACAGGACGGACAGCUGAUUGUCCUCGCAGUGGCAGACCACCUGUAACAACACCUGUACAGGAUUGGUACAUCCGAACAUCACACCUGCGGGACAGGUACAGGAUGGCAACAACAACUGCCCGAGUUACACCAGGAACGCACAAUCCCUCCAUCAGUGCUCAGACUGUCCGCGAUAGGCUGAGAGAGGUUGGACUGAGGGCUUGUAGGCCUGUUGUAAGGCAGGUUCUCACCAGACAUCACCGGCAACAACGUCGCCUAUGGUCACAAACCCACCGUCGCUGGACCAGACAGGACUGGCAAAAAGUGCUCUUCGCUGACGAGUCACGGUUUUGUCUCACCAGGGUUGAUGGUCGGAUUCGCGUUUAUCAUCGAAGGAAUGAGCGUUACACCGAGGCCUGUACUCUGGAGCGGGAUCGAUUUGGAGGUGGAGGAUCCGUCAUGGUCUGAGGCGGUGUGUCACAGCAUCAUCGGACUGAGCUUGUUGUCAUUGCAGGCAAUCUCAACGCUGUGCGUAACAGGGAAGACAUCCUCAUGUGGUACCCUUCCUGCAGGCUCAUCCUGACAUUACCCUCCAGCAUGACAAUGCCACCAGCCAUACUGCUCGUUCUGUGCGUGAUUUCCUGCAAGAUAGGAAUGUCAGUGUUCUACCAUGGACAGCGAAGAGCCCGGAUCCCAAUCCCAUUGAGCACGUCUGGGACCUGUUGGAUCGGAGGGUAAGGGCUAGGGCCAUUCCCCCCAGAAAUGUCCGGGAACUUGCAGGUGCCUUGGUGGAAGAGUGGGGUAACAACUCACAGCAAGAACUGGCAAAUCUGGUGCAGUCCAUGAGGAGGAGAUACACUGCAGUACUUAAUGCAGCUGGUGGCCACACCAGAUACUGACUGUUACUUUCGAUUUUGAACCCCCCUUUGUUCAGGGACACAUUAUUCCAUUUCUGUUAGUCACAUGUCUGUGGAACUUGUUCAGUUUAUGUCUCAGUUGUUGAAUCUUGUUAUGUUCAUACAAAUAUUUACACAUGUUAAGUUUGCUUAAAAUAAAUGUAGUUGACAGUGAGAGGACAUUUCUUUUUUUGCUGAGUUUAGUACUGGUGCAGGGACAAUGCUAGGUAUGUCCUCUAUGGGCAAUAUGCCAAUUAGGUGCAGCAGAGUGAAGGCUACUACAGGAGCGGUAUGCUAGGUAUGUGCAGAAUGGGAAAUGUGCUUUGUCUGGUGCGCUGAGUGGACAAGUCACAUCAGGUAACAGUAAGUCUGUGUCUGUAAGUCUUGAAGUGUGUGUCCGCUGUCCACCAUGACAUUAAGCACCAGACAGAUUUACUAAGCAUUUGCACAACGGUCACGAUAGCUUUGCUUUUAAUCUCUUACUCCUUUCUGAAAAUAUCAGGUACAAAACUAUGAAUAUUAACACUCUUGCCUUUUGUGUGUGCAGGAGGGUUCCAGGGCUCUGGUCACGGCCAUAAGGGUCACCCUGGUAAACACCACUGGUCGUGCUGUGGCAGUGUGGUGGAGGCAUCCGAGUGCCUGCCCCGGAGUGUGAUAAUGGCAGUGGGGGGAACAGUAACAGCAGUGGGGGGGACAGGGACAGGCUCGCCCCGGGGCCAUCUCAGAACAGUGGAGCUCUGA